UUGACCAUAAAAGGCCUUUCUUGUUAAGUUCUCGAACCAUUGCCCGAGUAACCCAGGCUCAAAAAUGAGUCCUUUUCUUGCUUUGGCGAUGCUUCCGUUGAUUAUAGGUGAAAGUCAUUCGGCUAUAGACUUCCAAAAUUUCAAACUCGAAGCACCAACCGUUGUUUCUCGAGAGGAGAAGAAUGCUCAGAACCAAGAGAGGAUGGACAUAUGGGAUGAAGCUUUAGCCAACAUUACCGCGGCAGUUGAAGAAUUGGAGGCGUUAAAGGAUACUGGAUUUCCAACUUCGCAGGUAACUAACAACCCUACAUCUGCAACUACGACUACAACUACAACUACACCAGAUUCCGCAGAGGCAGAACAAACGGUAUUCACAGGUAGAGCAGAAGAAUUCACAAGUCGUAUGUACGCAGGUUACUUCAGAAACUACGAGGGAGACCACGCCUCCGGUUUAUGCGCCAGUCGGGUACAUCCGGGUGUACUGUACUAUAUCAAUGACGGCUCAAGUGGAAAAGGAUGGGUUUACGCCAUUGACAUCAAGAACCAUGGCCAAAUCAUUUCCAAAAUUACUCUGAAUGUAGCCAACGUGGACUGGGAGGACAUGGCAUGUGGUCCAUGUUCCAAUGGCAAUGGGGAUCAUUGUAUCUACAUCUUAGAUGCUGGCAGUUCAGGGAGCGGACCUGUCAACAAAUUAUAUAAAUUUAAGGAGCCAGAGGAUAUCUCAGCAGAUCAGGUUGUCACAGACGUCGAGACAACUUCCUUCAGUUCCUACACAAGUAACUGUGAAACCCUGAUGGUGUCUCCAUCAGGACGCAUAUUUACCAUGGACUCUGUGGAAGAUUCAUUCCCCUUUUAUGAGAUUGUCGGUGGACGGGCGAGGUACCUUUUCAGUGUUGGCUUGUGGUCCUACUACGAAGGUCCGAAAAGUGCGGAUAUAUCGCCUGAUGGAACAGGCUUUAUUUUCAAGAUGGAAGAUCGUGUCUACUACUUCUACGUGGAGGACGAGACCAAGAUGAAAUCUGUCCUGAGUGACAGCGACAACAGAGUGAAGUUCCCCUACCUUCAAGAAUGGUAUGGUACAGCCAUUGCUUGGAGUAACACUGGCGGUUCCUUCUACACCAGCUCUGAGGGAACCAAUGAGCCUAUCUAUGAGUACAUCAGGUUAAAGUAACCAUUAAGUCAACUAUUGAGACCAUGGCAAAUUACAAUCACAAUAAAAGGUAGAUCAAA